UUAAUCAUAAAACAUAAUCAUUUUGAAUAUAUAAAAUGUUAUAAGAUCAAUGGAAUGUUUCUAUUAUGAAUUAUUAUUGUUCUAAAUGAUCCUAAUCGAAAGACAAAUAUCAUUCUGUUUUACUUUCUAAUUCUAUUACAUUAUAUAAUCACGAUAACGAGAUAUGUAACGAUUGGUAACAUUUUCUAUAUUUUUUUCCUUAAAUUAAAAAUUUCCAAUAUCAUUUUUUUUUUUUUUUUUUUUUUUUUUUUUUUUUGGUUUGUUCGUUCAUACAAUAAUCGUAAUCAUUAUAUUAUCAUUUACGAUAAUGAAAAAUAAAAAGAAAAAUGUCUAUGUCAAAUGAAUUUUAUUUUCUUUACUUUAUCUCUUUGUCAAACUUAUUACUGACAUCAUGCAAAUAUUACGUAGUUUAAUUUCUUGAUACAUAGGUACGAAUUUAUCGUUAGUGAUCGAUGAACUUGAUUAGAAAAAGAAAAAAAAAAAAAAAAAAGAAAGGAGGAAAAAAAAGGGAAAAAAAAAGAAAUAAAUAAAGAAGAGAAAGAAAGAACUAUUCUAAGCUGGUAUAUAAAUCAAUUGAAUAUCCCUUUUAUUUAAUUAAAUUAAGAAAUAGUAAAUGAAUAGACAAUUAUUCGAGUUGAAUGAAUAGAUAAAUAUUUUAACGCAUGAUCAAGUUUUUCUUAUUAGAACAUUUACAUAGAUACGUAUAUACGUAUCAAGGUAAAUAGUUUACAACAGAUCUUCAUGUCUUGUAUCGAUUUAAUAGACAAAUAGUAAACAAAAUAGAUAUAUAAUAUUAAUGAAUCAAUACAAACGAAAUUUCAAGCUUUUCAUAUUAUUAAUGAAUCAAGUGUAUAAAUACGAACGAUUUACGAGUCAAUAUUGUAUCGUGAUAAUGAACGAAUAUGAUAAAUAAAUGAAUUUAAAUUAUUUCGAGGGGACAUUUUUCUUUUUUUUCUUUUUUUUUUUCUUUUUUCGUUGUUGUUUAAAUUACAAAAAGAAAGAAAGAUCAUCGUUCUUACGUGUAAAAAUGUUUAUCAAUGAAAUUAACGUUAGAUUUGCGUCAUUUCUUUAAAUAAAUUGAUAAUGUACGAAUAAAUAAAUGAUAUAUUUAUUUAAACAAUUUUCUAUGAAAGAAUUUGAAUGAUUUUGUUUCACGUUAAAACAAAUUGUUUACGAUAAUCGAUAAUGAUAUUAUAGAAUUUCACGUUAAAUUCGAACUACUAUACUGAUGAACUACUAUAUGAUGAGAUUAGAUGUACUAUCUAUUUCUAACUGUCUACUUACUUACCUACCUACCUACCUACCUACCUACCUACCUAUCUACCUAUCUCUAUCUACCACACUGUGUAUUAACAACAGUGGUGGGCAAAAUAUUCCGGUGCAAGUGGAAUCCGCUGUACAUUCGACGAGCAGUCGAGUAUCGGCCUCUCACCGUGCAAAACGUUUCGUCUCUCUUUUACGUUCUCAAUCCCGGCCACGUUUUCUUUCGCCUCGGAUCGGUGCCUCUCGAAUGAAAAACGAAAUUUAAUCGUACAAUUUGAGAGCGACCGAAUUAAUAAAAGAGGAAGAGAGAGAGAGAGAGAGAGAGAGAGAGAGAGAAAGAGAGAGAAAAUAAAUAAACAAAUAAAUAAAUAAAUAAAUAAAUAAAUAAAUAAAGAGAUAACGAACGAAAGAAGGAAGAAAAUUCAAUUCUUUUCGGAUCGUUAUGUCGAUAAAAUUAUUAAUGACGUGAAUUAAAUCCUUUAAAAAAGUAAUUAACGAUUUUACCGAAGUGAUCGAAGAAGUUUAUUGAAUUAAAGAAACAGAAAACAAAAAAGAAAAAAAAAGAAAAGAAAAAUAUGUAUAUGUAUAUGUAUAUGUUACGAAGAAAAUUUACGAUGGAUCGAUAAGAAAGAAAAAGAAAAAGAAAAAGAAAAAAAAAGAAAGAAAGAAAGAGAGAGAGAGAGAGAGAGAGAGAGAGAGAGAAAAUAAAAUAUAACAAAAAGAAAAAACAGGACAGCAGUGAUAUGAAGGAACGUUUUCGAAAAUGAUGAGGAGGAGCGAUACGAGUAAAUACGACGUCUCCGAGGUCGCAGGAGUAACCAUUUUGCUCCUCGUCGCAUUGACUCCUGCUCUUUGCUCCGCCGGAAUCCUGGACCCCUUUCAAUGGGCAAGAAGCGAUCGAAUCGAAGUGAACAUACCAUGGUUACCAUUUGAGAACGAAACAAGGUGUUACGAAGAAUUAGGCUGUUUGAACAUAACCAGAAGUUGGUAUCAUUUGAUGCAUCGACCACUCAACAUAUUUCCUUUACCAAGGGAAGUAAUCAAUACCAGUUUCAUACUUUACACCAAUGACAAUCCAACUGUGGGUCACGUAUUAAUGGUAGCCAAGGAAAAAUCGAUCAAAUAUUCGAACUUUGAUCCUAAACGAAAAACUAAAUUCAUCAUUCAUGGUUUCAUUGAUACACCACUUAGCAGUUGGGUAAAGGAAAUGAGAAACGAAUUGUUAAAACACGGUGAUUACAAUGUAAUUGUGGUUGAUUGGGCCGGUGGUAGUUUACCACUUUAUACUCAAGCUACUGCCAAUACCAGAUUGGUUGGCUUAGAAAUAGCUUAUCUUAUCAAACACUUGCAGACCAACUACGGAUUGGAUCCAAACGAUGUACAUCUGAUAGGUCACAGUCUCGGUGCACAUACAGCCGGUUAUGCUGGUGAAAAAUUACGUGGUAAUAUCGGUCGAAUAACAGGCUUGGAUCCAGCGGAACCAUAUUUUCAAGGAAUGCCAAGUCACAUUCGUUUAGAUUAUACUGAUGCCCAACUGGUCGAUGUUAUUCAUACAGACGGAAAGAGUAUAUUUUUCUUAGGGCUUCCAGGUUAUGGUAUGAGUCAAGCUUGUGGACAUUUGGACUUUUAUCCAAACAAUGGAAAGGAACAGCCAGGUUGUACGGAUUUAAGUGAGACAACACCAUCUUUACCAUUGACUCUAAUACGUGAAGGUUUCGAUGAAGCAUCACGUGUCCUUGUGGCUUGCAAUCAUGUGCGUGCCAUAAAACUCUUCACCGAGAGUAUCAAUUCGAAGUGUCAAUAUAUAGCACACGAAUGUUCAAGUUAUUCGACUUUCCUAAAGGGCGAGUGUUUUUCUUGCAAGGGCAAUGAUAGUUUAAACUGUGCGAUAAUGGGAUAUCACGCUGAUGCUAGUCCAGCAUUAUUAAAACGUACAGCUAUUAAACAAGAUGUCUCUUCGUUAUUAGGAUCUAAAUUUUUUUUUAACACCGGCAAAGAGGAACCUUAUUGCAGAAGACACUAUAGAAUAACAAUCAAUCUAGCUAGACCACGAACUGCUGAAAGUUGGGUUCAAGGUUUCAUGAAGGUCACUCUUCAUGCUGACAACGGACUGAUACGUAAUAUGGAUCUGACACCUAGUGGUUAUAUGAGACUAGAGCAUGGCUCGAGCGUAAGAAUGAUAGUUGCUCAUCCAUCAGGUUCAAUUGGCAAGAUCAAACGUGUCGAGUUAUCCUGGUCUUAUGAUAUGGACGUUCUUCAACCGCGAUCACUAUGCUUUUUUUGGUGUAACGAUCGACUAUACGUAAACAGUGUUAGCGUUGACGUUAUGGAAUUACCAGGAAGAGGAAAAAGAGAGACCGAUCUCUCCAGCAAGUUAUGCUCAGCGAAUAGGCAGCAAUACGCAGAAAUUGCCAGUGGUUCGGCAGCUUCAUUCGUUGACAAUUGUUGAUGAUCAAAUGAAUUCAAUUAAAUCUUCGCGCAUGGAUGAGGAAAACUGAUAAAUAAUAUUCAUGUAUGUAUGUAUGUUGUACAUGGAUAAGUGAUAUAAGUAAGUAAAUACAUCAUACAUACAAAUUUUCGUCGAGAAAAUUUGUUUUCUUCAUUAUAUUACGUAGGAAAAAGAGAUGCAAAAGAAAAGGCAAGAAAAGAAAAGAAAAAAAGAAGAAAAACAAAACAAAACAAAAAAAAAAAAAAAAGGAAGAAGAAGAAGACAAAAAUGAAAGGACAAAAGUAUCAACACUAUUUCAACUCCCAGUAUAUGAAAAUGAUUUAACAUUAAGAAUAUUACAUGCGUGUAAACGCAUAACACUCGAUAGAGAUCUUUUCCUUAUAAGGAAGACAAAAAAAAUAGUAAUAAAAA